CGCAAACGGAAGCGGAAGUUCACUUGCUGUCUGCAUGUGCUGCUGCUACUGUGGACGGCGCUGGGUUGAGAUUGAGUGACAUUCAUCCUUUUCAUYAUGGGCAAGAAGGGCAAAGUCGGCAAGAGUCGGCGGGACAAGUUUUAUCACCUGGCAAAGGAGACUGGUUAUCGUUCCCGCUCUGCUUUCAAGCUGAUCCAACUCAAUCGCCGCUUUCAGUUCCUGCAGAAAGCUCGAGCCUUGUUGGAUCUGUGUGCUGCGCCAGGAGGCUGGCUGCAGGUGGCUGCCAAGUUUAUGCCUGUGUCCAGCCUUAUUGUGGGAGUGGACUUGGUUCCAAUCAAGCCUCUCCCCAAUGUGGUGACUCUCCAGGAGGACAUCACUACAGAACGAUGUAGGCAGGCCCUGAGGAAGGAGCUGAAGACCUGGAAGGUUGAUGUUGUACUCAAUGAUGGGGCCCCCAAUGUUGGGGCCAGCUGGGUCCAUGAUGCUUACUCACAAGCCCACUUGACACUGAUGGCUCUACGUCUGGCUUGUGAUUUUUUGGCUCGUGGUGGUUGCUUCAUYACAAAGGUUUUUCGUUCUCGAGAUUAUCAGCCCUUGCUGUGGAUAUUCCAGCAGCUGUUCCGCCGGGUCCAGGCCACAAAACCCCAAGCCUCUCGCCAUGAAUCUGCAGAAAUCUUUGUAGUCUGCCAGGGAUUUCUGGCUCCUGACAAGGUUGACAGUAAAUUCUUCGAUCCCAAGUUUGCCUUCAAGGAGGUUGAGGUUCAAGCUAAGACUGUUACUGAGUUGGUGUCCAAGAAGAAGCCAAAGGCUGAAGGCUAUGCUGAGGGUGACCUUACUCUUUAUCACCGCACUUCAGUCACUGACUUCUUGCGAGCUGCCAACCCUGUUGACUUCCUCUCCAAGGCCAGCGAAAUUUCAAUAAAUGAUGAAGAAUUGGCACAGCAUCCAGCCACCACUGAAGACAUACAGGCAUGCUGUCAGGACAUCAGAGUGCUGGGGCGCAAGGAGCUCAGGUCACUACUGAACUGGAGAACAAAACUUCGACGAUAUGUGGCCAAGAAGCUAAAAGAGCAAGCAAAGGCACUAGAUCUCAGUCUCAGCUCAGGAGAGGAGGAGGAAGGUGAGGAAGAGGAGGAGUCAACGGGUGGAACCACAAAGCAGCCUUCCAAGGAGGAGGAAGAAGAGGAGCAACUAAACCAAACCCUGGCGGAGAUGAAAGCCCAGGAGGUAGCAGAAUUAAGGAGGAAGAAAAAGAAGUUGCUACGUGAGCAGAGAAAGCAGCGGGAACGAGUAGAACUGAAGAUGGAUCUGCCUGGGGUUUCCAUUGCGGAUGAGGGGGAGACAGGCAUGUUCUCCCUGCGCACCAUUCGGGGUCACCAGUUGUUAGAGGAAGUAACACAAGGUGACAUGAGUGCUGCAGACACAUUUCUGGCUGAUUUGCCAAGAGAUGACAUCUAUGUGUCAGAUGCUGAGGACGAUGAUGAUGAUGCAUCUCUGGACAGUGAUCUGGAUUCAGAGGAGUUGGCAGGAGUCAGUAGACAUCAAGGUCUAAAGGACCAAAAGAGUGUGCGGUUUACUCAAGUAGAUAAUGAUAAAGAGGAAGAGGUGGAAGAAGAAAAUCCACUGUUGGUACCACUGGAGGAAAAGACAGUGCUGCAGGAAGAACAAGCCAAUUUGUGGUUCUCAAAGGAUGGCUUCAGUGGGAUUGAGGAUGAUGCUGAUGAGGCCCUGGAAAUCAGUCAGGCCCAGUUAUUAUAUGAGAGCCGCCGGAAGGGGCAGCAGCAAAGAAACCAGCAGCCACAGCCACCACCACCUUCCAGUUUAAAGACUGAGAGGAAGUCUCCCCAGUGCCAGGAUGAGAUCCCUAAGAGGAUAGAGGCUCCCUCCGGAACAAAAAGUGCCACUCAUCCUGGAGGGGAAGAAAGAGAUGGCAGCUCAGAGAGUGAUAGCAGUAGCAGCGAGGAUGAAGAGAGCUGGGAGUCAUCCCAUGGUAAAAAGCGAAGCCGGAGAYCUAAGUCUGAUGACGACGGAUUUGAGGUAGUGCCUAUUGAGGACCCAGUGAAACAUCGGAUUCUAGAUCCUGAAGGCCUUGCUCUAGGUGCUGUAAUUGCCUCUUCCAAAAAGGCCAAGAGAGACCUUAUAGACAACUCCUUCAACCGGUACACAUUUAAUGAAGAUGAGGAGGAGCUUCCAGAAUGGUUUGUGCAGGAAGAGAAGCAGCACCGGAUAAGGCAACUGCCUAUCGAUAAGAAGGAGGUGGAGUAUUACCGGAAACGCUGGCGGGAAAUUAAUGCACGUCCUAUCAAGAAAGUGGCUGAGGCCAAGGCUAGAAAGAAACGGAGGAUGCUGAAGAAGCUGGAGCAAACCAAGAAGAAGGCUGAAGCUGUGGUGAACACAGUGGACAUCUCAGAAAGAGAGAAGGUGGCACAGCUAAGAAGUCUCUACAAGAAGGCUGGGCUUGGCAAGGAGAAACGCCAAGUCACCUAUGUUGUAGCUAAAAAAGGUGUGGGCCGCAAGGUGAGGCGGCCAGCUGGAGUUAGAGGUCAUUUUAAGGUGGUGGACUCCAGGAUGAAGAAGGAUCAGCGGGCACAACAACGUAAGGACCAGAAGAAAAAACAGAAGCGGAAGUGAGAGCUACCUCCUCCUGGGAAGAUUAUAAAACUAAGGGAAGAUAUGGUGCAGCUCACAUCAUAGUUGACUGAGUAGGCUGGGAGGUGGAGCCACAAGAUGAUGUCAUGGUUGGAGGAUGGUCCCUCAGACCCCCAUACUCUGGCAUGGUGCUGAAUGAAGAGUCAGAUCAUUAAAUCUUAAGGAAUUUUAGCAUUGGCCAUGUUUGUUAUAGCCUAUUCUUGGGCCUUCUGAAUAAAAACCAAAAUGAUAGCACAGAUACCUUUUCUGGCGAUUUAAUAAGUACUUUUCCCACAUCUGAGUGUUCCCACCAUCUACUGUCAAAUCAUAAUUUAACUAUUUUAAAGUAGAAAUGACAGACAAUCCAUAGGUCCCAGUAGUAAAACAUUUACUAGAGAGCAAGCAGAGAGGAAUGCACAUCUUAAAGAAACCUUCACAAAGUCACAAAAUUCAAAGUUUGUAUAUUUCUUUUCCUUUUAUAAACAAGAUAGAACAAAAAUCAUCAAUCAUUUCAGCAAAAGACAUCUCUACCAUUGGGGCAAGUUAAAAAAAAAAUACAACGAAAUAGAAGACACUUCAAAAGCUGUUGGUUUUUUUUGUUUUUUUGAAUUUUAAAUUCAGCAACGCUUCAGACCUGGAGCAUUCCUGGAACSCUUUCCAGGAGUAAUCACUUUUUUAUCAUAGUAUCUCUGGAAAUCUCAAAAGCCUAGGUCUGGAAGGCUGCCUCUUCCUACAUGUCUCAGGGCUGGAUACAAACCUCGCUAGGGGACCUGAGAGUCAACUCUUGUUUGGAAUUGGGCAUCUCCCUUCCCUGUGAAUGUCUGGAAGCACCAAAUUGCUUCCCAAACAUCCCUAACAGCUCAAUGGAUUAGGUUUACAGAUACCAACUCCUAAAAAGGGGACUGCCUGGCCACAUAGCUAAGAAAAAGAAAUUCAAUUUAUAGAUGUUUAUAAGGUGACAUUUUAGUAAAAAAUAGAAGCUACUUAUAAUAUAAACUUAGAGUGAGUUUUGUGCCCUACAAGGCCCUUUUCUCUGGAAGUACCUUCCACUUACCCUCAUGAAACUCACCCAGAGCCAACAGAAGCUACCCAGCUCUCACUGCUUGCUGGGACCAAAAUAGCUUCCCAAGAAAGCAUCUGAACAAUCAUUCAGAUGAAGGUGUAAUGUCUCUGCUCUCCACUGAGGGCAGGGGUUCUUACACCUUGGGCCCCAAUGCAGCCCUGAGACACCUAGUUACCAAAAUCUCUAAAAAUAAAAUUAAAGACAACUGAUUUCACGCUAUAGCACAUAUGUUCUAACUGUCCCAUCUACUUUUCUUGCGUUUGGGUGGC